AUGGCGAGGUUAAAGCACGAACUGGGCCUUCAUCCAAGAGACACUUUGACUAAGUCGACUACAAGUAAUAGUAAUGCGGGAAAUGGUUUGAAACCAAGCACCAACAAAAAGGAUUUAUCAGCCGGAACGCGAUAUGACAGUGCAAGAUAUAAAGUGAAAAAGGAACAUGCCAGUUUUGAGCUAUUCAGUAUAGCUGAUGAAGAUGAAGACAAUAAUCGAACAGGAAAAUCUACGUCUACCGAAAGGAUGAUUGAUAUUACCGAACCAGAGGAAAAUAAAGAUCUACCGACAAAAGAAAAACGUAUAGAAGGUGCUGGGAUAAUAAGUCCUAUGAACUUAUCAAGUAAUAACAAAAUAACUAUUCCAUAUUAUACAGAAGGAAUCACUAAAAUUGUAAAUUCUGAUUCUAAACAUGGUGAAAUCUUCCGAUUUGUAGCAGGUUUAAAGAUCACUUUAACAAGAGGACCAGAUUUCCUACAAAAACCAAAUCUUUCUAUACAAUUUAUGAGAAAAGACAACAAUCCUAUAGGAGGAUUCUGCUUUGGAAUUAAUGAUGGUAUCUUGCUAUUUAUAUACGAUUCCAAGGGAGAAGGAUUCGGUGUAAUAUUUUCUCCACCAAAACAUUUUUCAGUUUCAGUACCUGGUGAAAAAGAUACCAGGAGAGUGACAACGCACUGUAUUUCAUGGACUUGUACCUCACAUAUGGCCCCAGAAUCUAACAAGUUCUUAGAGCUUAUUAAGACCUACAAAAAGCUCCUACCCAAAUCUAAUCUUGUACCAGAUAAUAUCCGUAAGGGUGAUAAAGGACAGAUUGAUGAAAUGAUUAACGAAUAUAAAAAACCACCUAGUCGUCGUUCACCAUCUACAUUUAGCAACCUUGACAAAAUACAGAAAAAAGAUUUAAAGUCGCUUCAAAAAUCAAGAAAAGGAGGAAGUGGUAGUAAGAUUCCACCUCCUGAGCCCACAUAUGACCUUGAAGAGAAAGUUUCCCGAAGUGAAGCAAUCCCUCAAAAAUCAUUUUACGCAGAACCUGGUAAAAGAUUCUCCUAUGUUUCUGCUUUAUCUCGAAAAACUAGAUCAGCGACAAAUUCUACUACCAAGGAAAACUACCAAAGUUUCUCUGACGAUCUUAUAGAGCAGGAGCAACCAGAAGAAUUUAAGCCUACGCUUUCAUACACAUUUUCAGAUGGCUUUAAAAUAUCAGUGAAUAAUCAAGAUUUUAAAUGUUUAUACAAUCAUGACUGGAUUAAUGAUACAAUAUUGGAUUUUUUCUUAAAAUAUUACAUCGAGGAAUCUAUAAAUAGUGGAAUUGUAUCAAGGACUGACGUUUACUUAUUUUCAUCAUUCUUUUACACAAAACUAAUAAGCACCUCAGAGAAUCGUUAUGAAAACGUCAAAAAAUGGGUCAAUAACUCAAAUCUAUUUUCCAAAACUUUCGUUGUUCUCCCUGUAAAUAUGAACUAUCAUUGGUUCGGAUGCAUAAUAACAAAUUUGAAUAAGAUUAAAGAUGCUAUGGAAAAAUGCAAAGAAUCCCAUCAACAUAUAAUAACAGGGCCCGGUAAUGAAAAUUCUACUAUACCCUCGAAUCCAAGCGCAGAACAAAAUAUCUCAGAAAAGUAUUACACUUGCAUGGAAAAUGACCUUCCUACCAUAUCGCUUUUAGUGUUCGAUUCUUUAAGACAAACACAUUCUAAAUUGAUGGACGCUGUGAAGGAUUUUAUUAUUGAUUACGGUAAGGAUGUUCACCAAUUUUCUAUUCCUAGAAAUAAAAUCAAGGUUAAAACAUGUUUAGUUCCUGAACAACCUAAUAUGAGUGAUUGUGGAGUCCACGUUAUUUUAAACAUAAAAAAAUUCUUCGAAAAACCCAAAGAGACGUUGGAUUUAUGGUAUACUAGAUCACCAUCUAAUUAUUCAAAAAAGGUAAACGAGUUUUUUGAAAAGAAAGAACGUCUAAUGGCACGGAAAAGCCUAAGAGCGCUAUUACAGGAUCUUCAAAAGCAGCAGAUCACGGCAAAUGGUGAAGCUAACUGCGACACCAAGGAUGAGAGUAUUGAGGAAAAUCACAGUGACCUAGAGAUUAUCGAAAAUUUUGAAGAAAGCUUAAUGAAUGAUAAAAUACAAGAAACUUCAGAUACCACAAAUAAUGAAAGGCAAAGCGAUCCCACUGAUACAAUACAAAGGAUACAUAAUUUGUCUGAUUCGAUAACUUCAUCGAUAGAAAUGCAACAAAAACGGCCGACUUCAGAAGCAGAACAGUCCAUCUAUUUUAACAGAAAUUCACACAAUACUGCUUUAACUAAUUCUCUCGAUGGCAAUAUGUCUGAAGAUGUAACUGCCAAUAUCAGAAAUGAAUCCAAGAAUAAUUUCUCUAGUGUAGACAAUCAUAACAAAAUGAUUUCUAAUGAAGAUCAAACUCCAAUUUGUGCUCCUCAAUUGAGCGAUAGAGAUUAUAUGGAAAAAUCUGAUUUUGCAGAUGAUUUUCUUUCCAGUCAACCGCCAGAUACUCAACAAAGGAGAAACCGUCGGGCAACACAAGAGUUAGAUAAUGUGGAUGAUGAUUCAUCGAUAGAUGAAGGAGUGCCAAGAAAAGAUAGUUCUCCAGAAUUAGAUGUCAACGAAAAGUUAUCGCCGUUACCUGAUCGUGUUCUAAAUGAGAGGUUUCAGAGAUUGCGUACGACAGAACAUACAAAUGGGACUAGACCAUCAAAAGAAGAAAAAAUAACAAACUCUAUUUAUACUUCCGCUGAAAUUUCAUCCAAUACAAAUAAACAAUACCACCAGUCUAAUGAUUCUUUCUCAAAACAAGGUUCUCAUUAUAAUGGGAAAGAGCCACCAGAAGUACUGAACGAAAAAAUAUCAUUAGAAUUAGAAGAAGAAAUCAAAGUUUCUCCAGAUUGGAAUCAUAAAAGUACAAACGACAAAAUUCCGGAAGAUUUCUCAUCGCAUAACUCAACCUCAUCUCCAACGGAUUCGGUCGAAGAAAUUUUGAAUAGAGAAACAAUUAAAGAAAGUGAGGAGCAGCCUAAGAGAAGAACCAAUAAAAGGAGCUUUGAACACAUAUAUGAAAACGGAAAGGCCAUUUACGCCAGCAAUAACCCGAAAAUCCCUAAACCGAAUAAUGUGUUUAAUAAAUCUGCAUCUAAAUAG